CGCCGGCCAACGCGCGCGAGGGAAGCUAUCAGCUCGGUGGUUAGCUCUCGCUCGCUCGAUCGCUAGGGGGGGUCUAAAAGGAUCGAGGCCGCGCGUGGGUACGUGUACAGUACAAAUGGCGCAGCUCCCGCCCAAGAUCCCGGUGGCGGCGCCGGUGCAGCACCAGCACUGGGCAGCCGCCGGCGACGCGGCGUGGGCGGAUGAGUUCGCCGAGUUCGCGGCGUCGCGGCGGGGCGCGCACCGCCGGUCGCUGAGCGACUCCGUGGCGUUUGUCGAGGUGGGGCCGACGGGGUGCGGGGCAGGGGAGUUCGACAGGCUCGACGACGACCAACUCAUGUCCAUGUUCCCCGACGAGGGCGGGUCGGCCCCGGGGUCGGACAACGGCGGCAGCGACAGCGACGGCGGUGACAAGCACGCCGCGGCGCGGAGCGACGACGGGCAACCGAACGACGCCCCCGCCGGCGAGCCGCAGCAGGAGCAGGCGGCGGCCUCGCCGACGGAGCUGAUCCGGGACCCCAAGAGAGUCAAGAGGAUACUGGCUAAUCGGCAGUCGGCUCAGAGGUCGCGGGUGAGGAAGCUUCAGUACAUCUCCGAGCUCGAGCGCAGCGUCACAACCCUGCAGAACGAGGUCUCCGUGCUGUCCCCUCGGGUGGCGUUUCUGGAUCAGCAGCGGACGAUCCUCACCGUCGGCAACAGCCACCUCAAGCAGCGGAUCGCGGCUCUAGCGCAGGACAAGAUUUUCAAGGAUGCUCAUCAGGAGGCGUUGAGGAAGGAGAUCGAGAGGCUGAGGCAGGUCUACCAGCAGCAGAACAUCAAGUUGUCCGGUGGUCUGGCCGCUGACCACGCACAUGCCCAUGGCGGCCCGCCGCCUGUGCGAGCAGAGAAGGAGCUCAUGAGCUAGCUGAUCAAUGCCUACUGUCCCCUGUGCAGUCUGCCUUUAGCAUUAACCUUGGAGGGAACAUUACAUCAUGAAGUUGGGGGUGUUUUCUUCUUUUCCUCUUCUUAUUCUCUUUCUUUUUUUUGUUAUUCUUUUUACAUUAACUUGUGUAUUCUUGAUUGGGAUGUUAAUUGGAGUUCUGGUUUACAUUGGGAAUUGUGGGAAAUGUCAAUAAGCAAAUGGAACUGCAAUAAGAUUCACUGUGA